CCAUCAUUCAAGUCGUGUAAGUACAUGAAUGAUUGAAUGAGAGAGAAGAAAAAACCCUGAAAGGCGAAAGUCCAGAAAGAGCAAAACGAUGUCGUACGACGAGGUGGAGAUCGAGGACAUGGAGUGGAACGAGGAGUUGCAGGCCUACACGUAUCUGUGCCCUUGCGGGGACCUCUUCCAGAUCAUGAAGGAAGACCUCAAACUCGGUGAAGAGAUUGCUCGGUGCCCUAGCUACUCGCUCUAUAUAACCAUCGUCUACAACAUCGAAGAUUUCCUCGUCGAUUCUGACCAAAAUCGACGGAACAAGGGUCUCUAACCUUCCAAGCAUCAAACCGUAACUGUUGCUUGAAUUUCAGGUC